AAUUACGGUCAUACUUAACAGUCUGUUAAAUGUCUGUUAAAACAGAUGUUUUGUCUUAGACGCGUAAUAGCCUGUUAUAUUUUGUUUUGCAGUCUAAUCAGUAAUUACCACCUCAAGGCGUCAUUUUUUGUAUUAAACAAAGCACUUUAAAAUUAAAUAAUGCUGAAACUAUAGAGAAAGCAGCCAGUUGCAGCUGUUUUUGUUCGAAGUCAAGCGGAGUAAAUGAUCACAAAGUUGAGCGGGCAAACUCCACACCCUAAACGGGCAACACACACUUAACACACCCAGAAAACUACAGAAUGCCAUCGAAAGAUGACACCGAGAGGCUCCUGGACAGCACCCAGGAUGAGGAACGUGAUAUCGGAACGGAGGACAGUUUUGUACCCGCCUUCCGACCACAGGAUCACCAGCAGCCGUACAACCUGGCGGAUGAGCGAUAUUUGCACGAAAGAACCCAGGAUGAAGUCGUCCUGGUGUCCAAUGAACCCACCAGCGGAAGACUCUUCACCUAUAUUGUUUUCUAUCUAUUGGGCAUCGGAACAAUGACACCCUGGAACUUUUUUGUGACGGCGGAAGAUUACUGGAAGUACAAAUUCCGUAAUACCUCGAUUAAUGCCACCGAUCUGGAUGAGGAACUUACCCCGCUCCAAAAGAGUUUCACCUGUGAUUUGGCAUUGACGGCCACUAUUUCGGGAACAACUUUCCUCCUACUCAAUGCCAUUUACGGGCAUCAUGUCUCCCUGCGCACCAAGAUGCUGGGCACCCUUUGGAUGAUUCUGGUCUUGUUUGGGAUAACCACAGGUUUCGUGGAGAUCAAUACGGACAAAUGGCAGGAGCAGUUCUUUUUGAUAACCCUUGUGAUUGUGGUACUGCUGAAUAUUUCGGCUGCUACCAUGUCAGGAGCUUUAUACGGAGUAGCUGGCUUGUUUCCCUCCGAGUUCAUCACAGCCGUAGUCAGUGGACAGGCUCUUGGUGGAAUUCUUACAGCGCUGGCUUUCAUACUCGUUCUCGCAUUUGACACUGGACCCAAGACUACUGCCUUUAUAUUCUUUAUUUUUGGUGGGGCCCUCAUCCUGCUCUGUAUCAUGUGCUAUGUGAUCCUGGCCCGCAAGCCAUUUUUUAAGUAUUAUCUGGAAGGUGGCGACAAGUACAAGGUGAUUAGUGCCGUGCCCUCGCACAGUCCCAAUGACGGAGCCGAAGGUGUGCCCUUAGAACCGAUAAUGCGUCAGGUGAUGUCGAAAAUCUAUUUACAUGCCAGUUGCCUGGCAUUGUUGUAUACCACCACGCUUUCCGUCUAUCCAGCGGUUACAGUGCUCAUGCAAUCGGAGUACGGCCACAGCGAGUGGACAGAUGUCUACUAUCUACCGGUGGUCAACUAUCUGUUCUUCAAUUGUGGUGACUACUUUGGACGCCUGCUGGCGGGAUGGUGGGAGCGACCGGUGAAUCAAGGCACUUCUUUGCUCAUUACCGUCGUGCGCAUGGCCCUCAUUCCUUUCUUCUUGUGCUCCAACACCAGUGAGCACCAGUUCCUGCCCACUUUGGUCAAGCACGACUUCACUUUUAUCGCCAUGAUAAUCGUAUUUGCCCUGUCAAACGGCUAUCUGACCAAUAUACUGCUCAUAUCGGCGCCAAGGAGUGUGAAGCAGCACGAGAAGGAAUUGGCUUCGUCCAUUAUGGCCGCUGCCUUGAGUUGUGGCAUGGCGGUGGGAUCCCUGCUCAGCCUGGUCUUUGUUCAGAUGCUGUGAUACCUUGCCCGGAAUUUUAACGAGUCUGCAAAUGGUGCCUUAGAAAAUAAUAGAAUCUAAAGGUUAUAUACUUUUAUGUUACCUGAUCUUCAUUUCAUAUCAUUAGCGCUUAGUGUUUUUUAUGUCCCGACCUUUUCCCUAAUCUAAUUCAUUUGGAUUUUGUCUAUUUUUUAAUCAAAUGUUUUAAGCAAAUCGAAACUUGA